ACGUGGUCCCUGCCCUGAGCAAGCGCACUCUCCUGUUUUGGAGUGUUUUCCCCUCUUGUGUGUUUAUGUACAUAAUAACCGACUUGUAUUCGUUUUUACAAGACCGGACACUUUUAAACGUACAAAAUAUAACUGUUAUUAUUUAUUCAAAUAUCCAGAACAAACUGACACUAAAAGAUACGUUAUAGCCUGUGUUUUAGCGCCCUAGGAGGCACGUUAGUCUGUGUGCAGGGUGAAAACAUGGUGCCCGACACUGGAGCACGUUUAUAAAGCCACUAUUCCGGUGUGUUGGAGUGUGUUUGAACUCUCUGAGCACCACCUGAGCGAGCAACUGUGCAGUGACAGUCAGGGGUUUGCUCCAGGUAGAGACUCGUGGUCGAGUUACUGAAGGAAGAUGUCAGAUUUUGACGAAUUCGAGAGACAGUUGACGGAAAACAAGCAAGAGAGGUUUCCUUCAAAGCAAAAACCCAAGUAAAGACCUGACCGAGACAAUGAAAACAAGCAUCAGAGGAGGAGGAGCAGCUCCAGGAGCCGGAGUCGAAGUCGGAAAAGAAGGAGCAGGGACCGAGAAAGACGUGGAAGCCGAGACCAUCAUGGGGACAGCAAAGAGCGGAGACAGCGGCGGAGAAAUGCUCGUUUUUAUAAAUACUACAUGUCCUCCUUGCAGUCAGUCUCCACACCGUGAGAAAAGGAAGGCCAAAGUAAAAAAGUACUGGGACAUUCCUCCAUCUGGCUUCGAACACAUUACACCCAUGCAGUACAAAGCCAUGCAAGCUGCUGGCCAGAUUCCUGCCACCGCCCUGCUCCCUACAAUGAUCACAGAGGGUCUGGCUGUGACUCCCACUCCUGUGCCUGUUGUUGGCAGCCAGAUGACGCGUCAGGCACGACGGCUCUACGUUGGCAACAUCCCCUUUGGCAUCACAGAGGAGUCUAUGAUGGACUUCUUUAACGCCCAGAUGCGUUUGGGAGGUCUGACCCAGGCCCCCGGAAACCCAGUUCUCGCUGUCCAGAUCAACCAGGACAAGAAUUUUGCCUUUCUAGAGUUUCGCUCGGUGGAUGAGACGACCCAGGCCAUGGCGUUCGAUGGCAUCAUCUUCCAGGGACAGAGUCUGAAGAUCCGCCGACCGCACGACUAUCAGCCACUGCCAGGCAUGAGCGAGAACCCAAGUGUUUAUGUGCCAGGUGUCGUUUCCACCGUGGUGCCUGACUCGGCUCAUAAGCUGUUUAUCGGCGGCCUUCCUAAUUACCUCAACGACGACCAGGUGAAGGAGUUGUUGACUUCGUUCGGACCCCUGAAAGCCUUUAACCUGGUGAAGGACACCGCCACGGCGCUCUCGAAAGGUUACGCCUUCUGUGAAUACGUCGACAUCAACAUCAGCGACCAGGCUAUCGCUGGGCUCAAUGGCAUGCAGCUAGGAGACAAGAAACUCCUGGUCCAGAGAGCCAGCGUUGGAUCCAAGAACACUACACUGACCGGAAUCAGCCAGACGCCAGUGACCCUGCAGUUGCCCGGCCUGGUGAACAGCUCCAUGAACCAGAUGGGAGGCAUCCCCACCGAGGUGCUGUGUCUGAUGAACAUGGUAUCCCCCGAGGAGCUGCUGGAUGACGAGGAAUACGAGGAGAUCGUAGAAGACGUCAGGGAGGAAUGCGGCAAAUAUGGCCAAGUAAAGAGCAUCGAGAUUCCUCGGCCUGUUGACGGCCUUGAGGUGCCCGGGACUGGCAAGAUCUUCGUGGAGUUCACGUCUUUGUUUGACUCUCAGAAAGCCAUGCAAAGCUUAACAGGGAGGAAAUUUGCCAACAGGGUGGUGGUGACCAAAUACUGCGACCCUGAUUCCUACCACCGGCGAGACUUUUGGUAGCAGUGGAUGAAGGAAAAAGCAAGAGACUUGAUGGAGUGUUUGGUAUUUUCCAAUCUUCCAAUUAUCCCUAACUUUUUUUUCUUUUGUAUAUAUCUGUAUGUAUGUGUGUGUGUGUGUGUGUGUGUGUGUGUGUGUGUGUGUGUGUGUGUGUGUGACUGUGUGUGGGGUGAAACAUUUGUAGAAUAACUAGUACUCCGAUUGGUGUACUGUACAUUCAUGUUAUUGGUUUUUUCACUGGAUAACCAUCUUUAAACCUUAUUUCAGAUGUGAUACUGUGAACUUUAAGCACCUUGCAACAGAACUCUUAAAACUAACAAGGUUUGCUUCAAGAAUAAACCAAAAUCCUGCUAAAAGUCGACUUGUCUUCAUUUUUUUGUUUAAUAUAUUUGUAAACAUAUUGAUAACCUUGUAAACCUCUUGCUCGUUGUCAUUCCUUUUCAAUUGUCACACAAUGAGGGAUCACUGGGGAACCUGGGGGAUUGAAAGAGUUCCAUGGAUUUGAAUUCAGGAGAUUUUUCAGGGCAAAGCAUGCCUUUUUUCAUUAUACUUCAACAUUAUAAUUCAAAAGAAGACACGUUGCAUUUCUUGCUUUUUGGAGUUCUGCUGUUCGGCUAAAACCAGCAGUUCCUUGUGUUUGGAUUGUAAUGGAGGAAUAAAUCGACUGUGAGGAGUAAAUAUCACAGUUAACGUGAGAGAGACCACACAGUGACUUGCUCUCUUUGUAUAUAGAAGAAGCUGAAUAGUGAAACAGGCUCGUGUUUAUCCAGAGUUACAGCCAUCCUCCUCUCACUCCCUGUUUUUUUAUUUCAAAGGAUGAAAUAUUUAAUAAUUGUUUUUUAUUUAUUUUUUUGCAUUUACAAAUUUGGGUUUAGUUUUUAUUAUUAUUAUUAUUAUUAUUAUUAUUAUUAUUAUUCAUCUAACAUCUUUUUUUUUUACUUUUUAUAAAUAAAUGUAUUUGGCUUCUCGUUCAAAAGGGUUUCUGUAUAACUGUCCCAUCAUAGUGCUGGAUCUUUUCAUCCCAGACUGCAUGACAGCAGUGGGUCAGUUAGUAUUCUAAUUAUUUUAAGAGAUUGAGAGCACCAAGCUGUGGCUGGGUGUUUUUGGUGGUAUUCCUGCUGGAUUUUCUGUUUAUAGUUAUGCUUUUUUUUUAUUAUCAAAUUCAUAAAUAAAAGUUUUAGAAAAGAA